AUGGGAUUAAAUAUGAGUCAACUUCACCCGGCACCAACCACAUUGAAGGGAUUUAUAGGAGACGUAGUCCAACCCAUGGGAUCCAUGACACUGCCUGUGUCAGUGGGAACUGAUCCUUACCUUGCCACCACGAUGACUGAGUUCUUGGUGGUCAGAACACAAUCAUCGUAUAAUGCACUUAUAGGCCGGCCAAUGUUGAACACCUUGAAAGCAAUCACGUCCACUUACCAUCUGAAAAUGAAGUUUUCCACGAAAGCGGGAAUUGGCGAGGUACACGGCAAACAGGCACUUGCCCGAGAGUGCUAUGUGCAGGAACUAAAAAGAGGAGAGCGGGAUGUAAAGAUGGUAGAGAUGUGA